AUGGCAGCCAAAAGCCUCCUCUCCCUCUCCCUCCUCCUCCUCCUCCUCCACAUCGCCGCCGCAAACCCACCCCGACCCACCCCCAAGCCAGUGGCUAUCGCCGUGGAGGGCAUGGUGUACUGCCAAAACUGCCAGAAAAUCGGAAGCUGGUCGCUGACAGGCGCGAAGCCGAUCGCCGGUGCUAAAAUCAGCGUGAUUUGCAAGAAUCACAACAACCAAGUGAGCUUCUACAAGGUGUACGAAACCAACAAAUAUGGGUAUUUUUACGCCGAGUUAGUGGGCUACAAAAUGCCCCACCCGGUUCUUGACCACCCGCUCCAAGCCUGCAAAGUCAAGCCCAUUUCUUCUCCUCUGCCCGACUGUGACCUUCUCACCAAUCUCAACUACGGCAUUGCCGGAGCGCCGCUCCGAUACGACAAGAAGUUCGUCGUCGGCCCCAAGUACCGGGCGGCGGUUUACUCCGCCGGGCCGUUGGCUUUCCACCCUGAAAAAUGUCUCUAGACAUUAUUAGGACAUUAAAUUGUCCGUCCAACGAAUUAAACCUCUCUGUGUUCUGUUUUGAUUGGUUGUGUUUCUUUUGUUCCUUUUUAUUGGGGUUUUGGAGUUUAUUUGAUGCUAAAUGUAAUUGCAAUUUGAUGUCCUUCUAACCCGAUCAUCGGGGAAUGAGAAUAUAAUGCUAAUAUUUUAUUCUUUUUUUUUUUUUUUAUCAAUAAUAUAAAAAUUAUGAUUUAUUUA